AUGUAUUUUAAUUCUAUUUUAGUGUUAUUUAUAAUUAGUGUGUGCCAUAAAAGUCAAGGUUGGAUAUUCAACGACAUUAACACAAGGUUAUUUGAAGAUAAUGCACUAGAUUUAGAUGUCGACGAUUUAACUCCUGAAGAUUUGGCAAGACUUAGGUUCAGCUUGAUUUAUCCAGGAACAAAGUGGUGUGGUCCGGGAAACAUAGCAGAGGACUACGACGACCUCGGCCCGUCGCAGGCGGCGGACGCGUGCUGCAGGGACCACGACAACUGCGCCGAGUACAUAGCGGCCGGCGAGACCAAGUUCAACCUCACCAACAACUCUUAUUUUACAAGACUAAGUUGCGCUUGCGACGACAAUUUCCGACGAUGUUUGCGACGAGCUGACACAAAAACGUCGACCACCAUUGGCUACAUGUACUUCAACGUGAUCGGCACCAAGUGUUACAGGAAAGACCACUUGGUCACAGGAUGCAAAGUACAGGGAGGAUGGCUGAACACGAAGUGUGUUGAAUAUUCAUACGAUGCGAACAGCGUGAAAAGCUACCAGUGGUUCGACGUGCCUAACUUCUCCUCGGCUAGACUUCUAGCGCCCACUAGACUAUUCAGUUCAAGGGAACUCUUGAAACUAAGGGAAAGUGCCACAAGAAAAUAGUCAUACACAAAGAUUUUAUACUAUUAGACACUCACUGUCAUGUCACUAGCGCGUCAAAACUGUGGCGCACCAAAGUAGCUUUCAUUUAGUCGCAUAGUAAACAAAGAAAGUUAUUUAAAGAAAUAUUACGUAAAUAUUGUCUAAGUACAAUAUCGUAUUGUGUGUUACAGGAAGUGUAACAACUGUAGACUUUGGCUAAUGAAAGUAGAGACUGAAAUCGCCCAGCAAUUUAAAAAAAAAUAUCUACUGAUCUUUAUUAAAAAAAACUUAUAUCUGUGAAAACAUUAAUAGGUACAUAUUAAAAAAAAAAUCAAUUAUCAAACUUGACUUAAAUAUUCGCACUAUUGUUUUGGGCAUGCCCUCCAUUUUGUUUUAUAUAAGCUAGUCGAUGUCAGUCUCUACUUUCAUUAGCCAAAAUUAUCCGCCUGAUUUUGUAGGCAUGUAACGUUGUACAAAUAUCGUUGGUCAUAGCUAUACAAAAUAACGAAUGGAUUCAUAACGCUUUUAGCUCGGUUAAUAUUACGAAAUUAACUAACGGCAAAAAGGUCUUCCAAUGUAUCAAAAUCUUUCGAUUAUAGCUAAUGAAGACUUGAAUUACUCAAAAUUAUAAUGUUCAUCUUAUGUUUUCUUAACGUUAAAAUUCUGUUACGGGUUCCUUCGAGUACGUAUUGUGGUGGUAUUAACAUUCAUCAUUUAUCUAUACUAAUAUUAUAAAGCUGAAGAGUUUGUUUGUUUGUUUGAUUGAACGCGCUAUUCUCAGGAACUACUGGUCCGAUUUGAAAAAUUCUUUCAGUGUUAUAUAGCCCAUUUAUCGAUGAAGGCUAUAGGCUAUAUUUUAACCCCGUAUUCCUACGGGAACGGGAACCACGCGGGUGGAUCCGCGGAGGCGUCUUCUAUUAUUAUCAUAAAAAGGAGGUACAUAAACAAAGUUGUUGCAACAAUAAUGGUAUAAGACAAUAUUUGAUGAUUUGACUUCAGUUCUUUGUUAGGCAGCGUGAACGCCGUCACGCUGCUAGUCGCGCUAGUGAUUUUGUGCAAUAACGUUUUGUGGUGUAAUUAUAGAUCAUAAUUUGUUAAGUGUGUGCAUGAAGAACAUGCCGGGCAGGAGAGAAUUAAUGUUAAUGCAUUCUGAAAGGUACUCACCUUUAAACCUACACCCAUGAUCACAAGUCCUGGGACCUGCUCGAGGUGUUUCCUCUAACACAAAUUGAUGGUACGAUCACUGUAGCUGCUACCCGUCACUUUAGAAUACAAUUAAUGAAUCUGGAUGAGCCUUUCUUCUUCUUCAUUUAUCUAUCAUAAUAUCAUAUUAUAGGCUUACGAAAGUUACGAAUACUUAUAUAUCUCAUAGGUAUCUACUAUUUUUUCUGUAAAUUUUGAAUAAGGUUAAGAAAUUGUUCCCAAAUAGGAGUCCAGUGAUAAUAUAGUCACCAUUAGUUAACUUACCAAUUACCACCAAUUAACUUAUUAAGUAGGUGAAUAAUUUAUUUAUUUUAUUGUUAUGUUUUGUUGUUAGAUUAAGCAAAAUAAUUAUUGAAAUCAGUGGCGUAGCCUGGGAAAUUCGAGCGUAGAGUUGCAAACCCCCCCCAUUUAAUUAUUAUUUUAAAUAGGUAAUUUAUUCAACGGUUACAUCGUAUUGAAAAUUUACAUACCACUUCAUACCUUAGAAAGAGCCAUUUCUGUGCAAAAUGUUGUUUAAUGCAAUUGAUAAAAUCAUUGCGUUUGCCGCCGAAGCCUUUCGUAUGCCCCAAUUGCCCCAUUGCUACACCCUUCGUUAGCCACUGAUUGAAACCUAAUUCGUAAUUAUUUAAUAGUUUGUACCUGUUAUGAAGAAUAAUUUUAUAUCAUUUAUGGUUCGUGCGCUGUAGCUUGUUGCGGGUGACAGUUUCCGUAUAACGUUCAUAAUACGUACUAUUAUCGUGAAUCUCGGCAAAUUUCAAGAUAAAAAUGAACUGUCACCCGCACCUUGCUACAGUGCACAACCUAUAGCUGUAUUAUACAAGGCUCAUGAUAACAAUAUGAUGACUUACCUAGUGUGGACAUUAAAAUACAUAAAAUA